AUUAUUUAUUAUAAAUUAUACAAUUAAUUUAUGAUAUUAUUAAUAAUCCGAUGACUUAGGACUGACAAUGCUCAAAUUUAUACUUCUCUUUGUUUAUGCAAUAUCUUCAAUUACUGCAUCAAUUGUGGCUGCUGACCAUCAAAACAAAACAAGCUAUGGGCUGAUCUCGCCGACUAUAAUUUUGAGUAGAGCCAAGAGACAGAGAAUUUGCAGCGAUGACCAGUGGCAAUGUGGUGAUAAGACGUGUAUAGGCGUGAAUUACAAAUGCGACGGCAUCUUCGACUGCCCCGACGGCAGCGACGAGACUCAUGCACUCUGUAAAUCAAGUCGGUGUCGCAGUAAUUGGUUCCAGUGUUCAUACGGCGCAUGCGUGGACCGAGAUGCGCCCUGCAAUGGUAUCAAAGAGUGCGCGGACAACUCCGAUGAACUUCUUUCAAGAUGCAAGGAUAUUAAUGCUACGAUUAAAAGAGAAGAUGAGGGACUAUGGCAAUGUGGUGACAAGACGCAUAUCGGCGUGGAUUACAAAUGUGACGGCAUAUUCGACUGUUCGGACGGCAGCGAUGAGACCCAUGCACUCUGUAGAAAAAGUCGGUGUUCCAGUAAUUGGUUCCGGUGUACAUACGGCGCAUGCGUGGAUGGAAGUGCGCCCUGCAAUGGUAUCAAAGAUUGCGCGGACAACUCCGAUGAACUUCUUCCAAGGUGCAAGAAUAUUACCAGGACAAGCGAAGAUAUCAAGUUCAAAUGCGACAACGAGGAUAAGAUCCCGUCACAGAAAUUGUGUGACGGUACACGAGACUGCAGCGACGGCUCGGACGAGACUCUACGCGUAUGCGCCGGUACCACCUGCGCACCGCAUUUGUUCCAGUGUGCUUACGGCGCAUGCGUCGACCAAGGCUCCGACUGCAACGAGAAACAAGAUUGUGCAGACGGCUCCGAUGAAUCUCCAGAACUGUGCAAGAAAAGUGGAUUCCAACCUGUGAAUAACAACGGCCUUACACUCAGUACUGCAACAUCAGCAUACUGCCUCCUUCCAAACUACCCUGAGAAUGGCUUGUGGACGGCUCCCAACGAGAUAUUCGCAAGUCCCGGCAAGUCGUACAAACAGAUCUACCUGCAGUAUACUUGCAAUAUCGGUUAUGAGUUGAUUGGAGUUGCCGAUGUGACCUGUAUAGAUGGUCAAUUCAUACAAAAAAUUCCUACAUGUGCCCGACUCUGUCGCAUGAUCCGGCACUACAGUAUCGAUUAUUACUGCUACUCUUCAAAUGGGAUCGACAGAAGGCGACCCUGCAACGACUACGAACCCCAGGGUACCAUGGCAAGACCUAAGUGCAAGCAUAAUUACUAUUACUACUUCAACGGGGACCCACCGGUCAUUAAAUGUGGAGUGGAGGGCUGGAGUGACUCACCCAUAUGCUCACCAGAAUGCGGGCGUGUGACUCCACAUGGCGACACCCUGGCCGUAGGCGGUCAGAAGGCAAAGCUCGGCGAGCUGCCGUGGCACGCUGGCAUAUAUAGGAAGAACACCACGCCCUACAUGCAGGUCUGUGGCGGGUCCAUCGUGAGACAUAACAUUGUCAUAUCAGCGGCACAUUGCUUUUGGACUGAUAACGGCAAACAGUCCGCCAGAUUAUAUGCUGUGGGUGCCGGCAAGCUGUACCGAGCGUGGAAUGAUCCUGGUGACAAGAAUCCCCAGAUGGCUGACGUGAAGUCUAUCGAGAUCCCGGAGUCUUACCACGGCAGGACGACGAAUUACGCGCAAGAUAUCGCGGUUCUGGUGCUAAGCGUGUCAUUCACAUAUGAAUCUCACAUUGCACCCGUGUGUCUUGAUUUUGACGACACCUUUGAUAAUAGACAACUCACCAGGAGAGAUUCUAAGGGGAAGGUAGCCGGAUGGGGUCUAGUCUCUGAAGGCAAUGCGUCUCCAACUCUUCAGGUCGUGGAACUGCCCAUAAUAUCGUACGGCGAUUGCAGCUCACUAAUACCUGAAGACUUCAGAAGAUACCUCACUUAUGACAAAAUAUGCGCCGGUUAUAUAGACAAAGGCACGGCCGUGUGUCAAGGGGACAGCGGCGGAGGGCUAGUGCUGCCGGCGCCCGAGCGCUCCAUCGAGCGGUACUACCUACGCGGCGUGGUGUCCACCUCGCCCAGCACGGGGGACCACGGCUGCAACUCCAGGACGCUCUCCGCCUUCACCAGAAUACUGAGCCAUGCUGACUUCAUUAAGAGAUUCAUUUAACACUAGCUGUAUCCCACGGCGUUAAUUGCAGGAAGUACAGCUAUCGCCCGCUGAUUAUGUAAAUAUCUGUAGGAGAUUCAAUAGAAUCGAAUGAAUGAAUGAAUGGACGUAAAGCGGGAGUGCUAACUAAACUAUUAGACCCCGCUGGUUUAGUAGUUUAGAACACCGCUUUACGUGCGAUAGUCGCGGGUUCGAUUCCUCGCACGGUACAAACAUUUGUAUUAAUAAUCGUUUUUAUCGAUUUGCGUGUUUUCUAUUCAUAUUAUGAAUGUAUUUAAAAAAUAUAUAACUAUGUAUUUAUAUCAGUAAGUACCCAUAACACAAGCUCAGCUUAACUUGGGACAAAAUGGCUCUAUGUUAACUGUCCAAGGACAUUAUAUUAUUAUAUUACUAGCUACUCGCCCCGGCUUCGCCCGGGUGUACAUGUAUUAUACAUAUAAACCUUCCUCUUGAAUCACUCAUUAAAAAAAACCGCUUCGAAAGCCGUUGCGUAGUUUUAAAGAUUUAAGCAUACAUAGGGACGGACAGACAGCGACAGCGACUUUGUUUUAUACUAUGUAAUGAUAAUGAGGAACGACAAUACUGAGAUAUAGGUGCAGUACAAUCUUGUUCGCUGACAUUGUAGGUGUGUAAUAAGUGACAAAUAUUUAAAAAUCCAUUAAGAAUUUUUUGAGUUUACUUAUAAUAAAUAAAAAUAUGUAAUAAUAUAUAAGAGAGAAUAUUAUUGAGAUUAA